GCUUGCCACCGGCUCAGCCAACGGAAAACUCGUUGAACUCUUUUCUGGAGUUACAAAGUUUAAUAGCAAAUGGGGUCCUUUCGAUUUAUUAUUAUGCGUUGGAGAUUUGUUUGGUGAAAAUACGGACGAAAUAAACUCUUUGUUAUCAGAGGAAAUAAAAGUUCCGAUAACAACCUGUUUUAUGCAUGGUAAAUAUGAGUUGCCGGAUGUCGUAAAAGAACGUGUCGAAAAGAAUAAUGGAGAGUUUUGUCCUAAUCUUUACUAUCUUGGUAAUCAAGGUAGCAUGACCACAGCGCAUGGCGUAAAAAUCGCUUUUGCUAGUGGUAUCAUAGAUUCUAUUAUAAGUAAUCCUCCUACACAAGUAGAUAUACUUCUUACAUAUGAAUGGCCGAAAGACAUUACUCUUUUAUCUUCACAAGAGAUUCGUGAUGUAUCAGGAUCGAAAGAAGUGGCGCAGCUAGCAACAAAAAUCAAGCCGAGAUAUCAUUUUGCUGCUUCUAAAGAUAUUUUCUUCAAAAGAGAACCUUAUCAGAAUUCAUUAUCGCCACGUUCAAAAGAUGAUGACACGCAGCUAAAGAUGGGAGCUCCUACUUGGUUUGUAGGAUUGGCUGAUAUCGGUAACUCAGCAAAGGAAAAAGUAUGA